GUCCGGUGGGGUUUCACACUUUAUCGAUUAGAUAUAUUAGGUAGAUCACAGACAACGAUUUGUAGAAGUAGCGCCAGAAGUAGACACUAGGUUGUUCCAUUCACAAUGACACAUCUGAUUAGAAUCGUGUGCUGUUUGAUAUACAGUACAUCCUUAAUCAGCGCCAUUCGUGUAACUUACAGAUCCUGCACGGAUGCACCGGCCCAAUCCGGGAUCUACUGGAUCAGCCCAGCAGAUAUUGCUCCUCCAUUCCAAGUCUACUGCGAACAGGAAAAGUUUGCCGGACACUGGUUGGUGGUGCAAAGCCGCAACGAUGCUUCAACGAAUUUCAAUCGCACCUGGAACGAGUACAAAUUUGGAUUUGGGAGUCUGAGGAAUAACUUCUGGUUGGGCCUGGAGAAGCUGCAUCAGCUGACCACCUCAUCCGCCUACGACCUGAUGGUGGUGAUGGAGAACUACCUUGACUUCGUGGCCUUCCAACGGUACGAGAAUUUUGCGGUGCACGAUGAAUCGGAAGCGUACAGUUUGAGCUUAUCAGAUGCCAACACCGGAACGGCAGGUGAUUCACUGCUUAUCUACAAUGGUGAAAAGUUUAGCACUUUUGACCGGGCGAACAACAAAGGUACCGCAAACUGUGCCGCAGAAAUGGCAGGCGGGUACUGGCACUACGACUGCCGGAAGGUUUUGAGCACGAGGAGCAACUUAAACGGAUUAUAUGACUUGGUGCAUAUUAUGAGGAAUGGAAGUGGAAUGUGGUGGGGAAUGUUUGGAGGAACAGGUAAACCGCUAAAGAUGACUAGAAUGAUGAUUAAACUCCGUCAAUGAUCAGUAAAUGAUGGAAAAACGAAAAAUUUUAUGAUGUGAACAAUAAAACAUAGUUAACAUCACAA